GUCUCCUUCUCUCUCACUCUUUCUCCAUCUGAUGUCUCACAUUCCAUCUCAUGUUGUUGCAAUGCUGCGAUCUGCCACAUCCUGGCUAUGGCAGGAUAUCUUGUGGACUUUGUGAUCCUCUCACAAAUGAUGAUUAUUGUCAAUUAUUGCUUGCACGAAACUGCGUUGGUUUCAACUGGCAAAGAUGGUGGUGGACUGGUGGUUAGCCGCCAAGGUGAACAAUCUUUAGAAUGGAAGGCGAAAUUGCUUCGACCCUUAGCGACCAACCCAUCCGACCAAUGAGCGAUGCUUCCUCAGAUUCCUUGCUUCCUUGCUUCCUCCCACGAGUCAGGCUCGCCCUGUUACUACUCCGUACUCACAACUCACAACCUGCCUCUCUCUCAUCUAUUGACUGCCUUUGCCAACCUCAUCCUUCCCCAUCAACACAUUCCUCAUGGUUGGGUUCCAACAACACCACGCUCUUUUGUAGCACCUCGUCAUUCUUUGUUUCCUGCGCACCUUCAUUCAGUCACUCUUUUGGUCCAGUUCACUCGUUCCACCACUCACCCAGUCAAUCCUUACGCAACACAGACCUGCCGCUCUCUCACAACAUUCGGUACGUUCAAGCCCCCAUCGCUCUUGCCUCUCCUGCCUCAUUCUACCACCGUCCUUCACCUCAUCGUCGCAACAUGCGGUGCCCGGCUCACCUGCACGACCAUGUCCACGUUGUCCAAGCCACGGUUACUCUGGAAGCGGCCGUCAUCGUCACGGUCCGUGCAUUGUCCUCUGUCUCGACUCAUGUCAACAAAGCCACCAUGACACCCAAUUCGAUCGCGCCUCAACUCCCGUCCACGCGUGCAUUGACCAGCACUGCAUCCACUCCCAAUCUCUUUAUUUCCUUCUCUCCUACUCUUGACCACUUUGUCUCCCUGCCGACCUCGCUGGCCAAUGCCCUCCUUCGACCUUGGUCCUUCGUUUGUCUUCAAGUCACUCGCUUUCCCUCCUUCUCCAGUCUUACCAGCAAGACUAUCCUUUCUUUCUUCAGACCGCCGGACGGUGUCGUCGAUGCAAACGCUCACUUCUCUCUUUCAACUUCACAGGUCUUUGUGCACUCUUAAGAGUCCACCUCACACGUUCUUUACAACUGUCUGAACCCGCCUAAACCAAUCCAUUCUCUCACAAGAUGAAACCACUACCUUGGGCUCUCGCCUUGUGCGUUCAUCUCGCUCUUGCAGUUCCACAUGACCACCAUCAGCAUCGACACCCUGCUCGUGCCCUCGAGACCGCACAUGUCAUUCAUACCGAAAUCGUCACUGUAACCGCCUCGAACGCCGUCGUAUGGGUCGAUCAACAUGGCAACGUUCUCUCGACCGAUUUCCCCGGGUUUAUCCCUACCUACCAUCCCACGACCACGACGACUACUGCUCCAUCCUCCUCCACAACCUCCGAGUCAACGACCUCGGAAACAAUCGACGAUGAACCUAGUUCGGUCAUUGAAAGCUCCACCUGGCCCGAGCCGACCGAGACUUACACUUCAGAUGAGCCUCCAGUCACCGAUCUCGAGCCUUCCAGCGCUGAACCAACUUCUGCCGCUCCCACCACUACCAGCGUCCCCGGUGGCAAUAAGGAUGUUGGAAAUAUGGGUGGCCUUGGCGUGUGCUACGAGUUGAUUGAUGGCGCGGUCAAAUGCAAAUCUUCAUCUGUCCUCAACUCGGAGUUUGCCUUCUUAAAGAGCCAGGGUUUCAGCAGAGUCCGCGUCUAUGACAUUGGCUGUCCUCUUGGCGACGUUGCUGCUGCCGCUUCUCAACAAGGCCUUUCUCUAAUCGCUGGUCUCAACACAGUCGGUAAUGUCGCUGGAGAUCUCGCCAAGCUGGUCGGCAUGUUGAGCAACUACUGGUCCGUCGUCGACACCAUUGUGAUCGGCAACGAAGUCGUGAAUAACAAUCCUGGCUUGGCCGGUGCCGUUGUUGCUGGUCUAAGCACGGCACGGUCAGUUCUCUCCGCUGCCGGCUUCAACGGACAUAUCGUCACAGUCGACACCUUCAUCGCACACGCCGGCCACCCCGAACUCUGUGCUGCCUCAGAUUAUUGCGCUGUCAACGCUUACGCAUUCUUUGACGCGAACACUGCUGCAGCAGACGCUGGCAACUUUGUCCUCAACACUGCCAUCGGAAUGGUCCAGAAAAUUGCCAAUGGAAAACAGAUCGUCGUCACAGAAUCAGGCUGGCCUUGGCAGGGCCAGUCCAAUGGCAAAGCCAUCCCAUCAAGAGAGAACCAGCAAACCGCUAUUGCCAGCCUUCGUGCUGCCUUUGCGGGCAGCUCUAUCCCGCUGUUCCUCUUCCAGGCCUACGAUGCAAGCUACAAGGCCCCUGGCCACCUAGGUGUCGAGCCAUAUUUCGGCAUCUAUGGCAGUUAGGCCAUGAAUCAUUUCAACCGGAUUCCAAUCAAAUCUAGCAAUCAUGUUACCAUGUGUUGUCUUCAUCAAACAGAAAAUGCCGGCAGUUUUCCCAUCAUUCGGCUUCUUUAUGCCUGUCUCGAUGCCUCUUGAAUCAAGUCACGACAAACCAUCUGUUCAUUCGAUAACCAUUGGAAUCCUUUCCUCAAAGUUAUACAUGCAUAGCGUCGGCGUCACAUCAAACACCACCUUAUACAUCUAGGGUUCCCUCAUCCUACGUUCCAUCCAUCACUUGGUACUUUUUUCUCAUUUCCAAGUAUUUCACCUCCUGCCAUGUCCGUUGUUAGGUCGGCGUCCCUAACUUUAUCAAUAUCGCCGACUGGACUGAUGCAUUGAGAAGCAAAGGAUCACCUUGUUGUCGAAUCAUUCUCGCCGUCACUUUCCCGAGCUCGAUCUUCACCAGUGAACGAGGAAGCCAUCAAACACAAGAGCUAAUUUCGGAAACGAGUCGGCACUGUGAACUUAUCUUGUUCGUUGGUCUGCAUUUGAGCAAAUCUCCCGCUGCCUGCUUGAACUGGAUUCUGCCGUCAGUCUCGUUUAUUCAUUUAAGCACCUAGCACGCCCGAUGACAAGGUACAUACGAAGGGGUCAAGGGCAGGCAGGUUGGCGGGAGAUCUUGGGGCACCCCAGUCGUAGAAAUGGAUCACAGCGAGAAAAAAGGAUAGGAGGAUAUUGGAUUCGUAUCAUUAAGCACCGAACCAGAGAAGACCUUUUGAUGACGUUUCUGUCAUUUAUGGCAUGAAAACACGUCGGGGUUGACAGGCAGGGUCUGUGAACCAUUUGUGUCGAGCAUGGAUCGUAUCGCUCGACCGGCAUGACUACUUAAUGCACCCGAUUCCAAUAUCUUGUUCAUUCCCAUUUCCCAUUUCCUGCUCCAGCUCUAGACCCAAUUCCGACUCUUAGCCUUGACUUACGGCUGUAAAUAAGGCAGGCAAUCCACCUCUAGGCUAAUCCGAGUGUCUGUUCACUGUGGCCGCGCUGGAUGAAUCCAAAAAAGCGAACGAAUAUAUGAUGCAGAGAGAGGUAUCCAUAGCGCCUAGUUCCUUAAAUAGCAGCAAUGUGUCCCUCAGAAAAGGAGCCAAAUGGAAAUCAUACAUGGUAUCAUGUCAUAUUGUUGGAAUAUCGAUACAUCAAUCAAGACAUCUGAUCCGACUAGCGAGUUAGGAAAGCUCAAGUCCCGAGUCAAGAUUGGUUCAGGAGUCGUUCUCAACCUCAGCCUCGAUCUCGUCAUCCGUUAGGAACGGGCUACGCUCGAGGGCGUAUUGCGGACCUGGCACCCCGCGUGACGGUUCUUGGCCUGGAGGAGUGAGAACCACCCUGGGCUUCGACGGUAACGCCGCUGGCUCUACCUGCGGUGUGGUCGAGGUUUCUGCGCCUGCUCUCUGGCUCAACAUUUUACUCGCCGACAAGGAUCGUGAUGUCGGUGGUCUCGUCAGUGGCAGCGGUGGAGGGAUCGGACUUGGUUGUCGUUCCGGUUGAGUGUGGACUGCAUCAUGGAACUGUUGCGGAGCCUCGUCUUCUUCUACAAUGGACCCGGUCUUGUGCAGCGAUCCCUUGAGCGACGCAGCAUCAUGAAACGGCUCGUUGUUCUUUGCCUUCUGGUUGAGCUCGUCGGGAAGUUGUCCCUCCGACGGCACUUUCUCUUCACCGAGUUCCACCUGAUCCAUCGCUUCUGUAACCUCUUCAACUGCCCUAGCUUGCGCCUGAGACAAAGCUUCAGAUACGCUUGACGUGCUGUGACGUCCCUCGGGGGAUAGGGAUUCUGAAUUCUCCUGCACCUUGCGAAGAGGCGAGAAGGGCGAGGGAGCCGGAAUCUUGUGGCCGGAUGUGGUAGUUGUGAUGAUGGAUGGAAGAGAGGGGUUGAACCUUCCGGGUUCUCGAGCGCCUGGGCCUUCGUCUUCAUUUUUGCCUUUGCCACGCCAACGUCGCGCCUUGGGGGUGGGAGGCGGUUUUUUGAAGUGAGGUCUUAUAUGGUGGUGGUGGUGGCUCCC